AUGAGCUACCCUCAGGCUCCCGGAGCCACCUAUGAUGGGUCCAGCGAAGGCCUCCACCGGAAGGGCUCCGUGAAAGCUGCAAGGGAACGUGCCCAGGCCGAGCAGGAGCACUACCUCCGUUCCGACUACUACGGCCAACCAUCGCGCCCGCCGCUGCCAACGUCGCAGUACAAUGUCCGUCCACCCACGCGCCCCCAGGCCAAUCCUACCCCACCCUCAAGCUCCGGCCGGGAAAUGUCGCCCUCUCCCGGCCCCAACUGGCCUCUGGCUGACGACAGCCACCCCGUCCAGGACAGCCCGUCGCGUCAAAAAGGCCCGCCGCCCCAGCGCCCCCCGCGCCCCUCUUACGUUCCCUCCAUUCUAGAUCCCACCAGGCCGGACCCUACUCUCCUCGCUCCACCAGCCCCGAAAACACCCAGGCGCAGGGAGCCUGAACCCGAACCACUCUCGCCCUCCGAUUACGAUGACCAGCUGCUCUCGCCCACCUCCUACUACCCCUCGCCCCGAGAGCAUCGCCCGGUAACCACCUCUUCCAUGGCCUCGGUCUCGUCGCUCGGCUCCAUUCCCGACUUCCCUGUCCCGGUGCCAAACAUGCCUCAAUCACGGAAAAGCCCGAACCUUGGUCCCCCGCCCUCGGCCAGGAGAGGCCCUUCGUCCUACUACUCGCAGAUGUCGUACGUUUCGCCCAUUGUCGAGGAGGCCGAGUCCAACAGAUCGCACAACUCUUUCGCUUCGAGCAACGUCAUUCCCAACGCCGACGGCUUCUAUUUCGACGAGGACGCAACUCCCUCCGAGGAGGACCUGCCCAUGGCCAGUCCCUCAACCAUCACUGGGAGCGAUCGAUCUUCACGGGUAACGGACGACGGGGAUCAGGCUGGCCUUGUUAGACAUGCCAGCCUUGGCAAGCGGGGGAAGCCGUCGUUGACGACAAUUAAGAGCGUGGACAGCUUUGACAGGAUAAUAAGGAACAAUGAAAAACAAAAGAAAAGCGCCGUGGGACAGGGCAUCAUGGCAGCUGGCGCUGCUGGUGGUGCAUUUGCUGCUGGAUACGGCAAUUCCCGCGAUCCCGGCCAACGGUCGUCUUCGAGGCCUGACAGCGAGGCCCUGAGUAGCGGUACCGGUCUUUUCCCGCCAUCGGCAUCAGGAUCCUCGGAAUCGGUGAAUUCGGUUGGCUUGAAGAGGCCAAUGAAGUCAUCUCCUCUGGCCCGCUCCGAGGACAAUAGCCCCGAUUCUCCUGUUGACCCGAGGGUGGAUCAGAUUCUGGGUGGGCUGGAAAAAGGCGGUGCGCUUGGAGCAGGAUAUAGCAACCCGAAGAGGGGGAUGUCGCUAGCCGACCGUGUCGGCACUCGGCGCCCGCCCCGUUUGAACGUCGAUGCUGUUCGGGAUGCCGAAGCUCGUGGAAGUCUCACCAGCCUGCCUGAUCUGAUCAGACGCGCUACUCGCCUCGCUUCGAAUCUCGACCGCGGCAAGACCGCAAGUCGAAUGGACAUGGAAAUGUGGGAGAAGGGCGGAAAUGACAAAGCUUGGGAGGCUGGGCAGCGCCGAGCGUCCUCACUCUCCGACAUUCUCACAUCAUUUCCUCAUCCAGGCAUCGGCACACCAACUGGCGAGAGGAAUGGAUCACGGCCCGUUUCCCGCUGGCCGUCUGGCCUUGGUCAGUACGAACAGCAUCAUGAUCCGGACGCUGAUCCCCAGGAGAAGAAGAAGCAAGGCAGACGAUGCUGCGGCAUGCCGCUCUGGUGCUUCAUCAUCCUCAUGCUCAUUCUUGUCCUGCUUAUCGCCGCCGCCAUUGUCGUCCCCGUUGUCUUGAUUGUCCUCCCGAAGCAAAACAGUAGCGACGCCAGUUCGAGCGCCGAUUCAGCUCUUGCUCAGUGCCAGCAAAACUACGCGUGCGAGAACGGAGGUAGCAGCGUCGUCAAUCCGAGUGGCCACUGCAGCUGCAUGUGUGUCAACGGUUUCACCGGCGAUCGUUGCACUACGGAAUCCGAGGAGGGCUGCACGACCACUACUAUCGGAGGACGGAACGCCACGAUUGGCUCUGCCAUGCCGUCGCUCAUCUCGACCGCCUCCGAUUCCUUCCAGAUCCCGCUCAGCGGAACCGAGCUUCUCUCCCUGUUUUCGUCCUCAAACCUUAGCUGCACAGCUGAAAACGCGCUUGUGACCUUCAACGGCGUUUCCACGAAUAAGCGCUCCAUCGAUCUGCCUCCUCCCGCCCCCAUGCCAGUGGUUGAGGUUGCAUUGGAGAACAAUGCCAAGCCUGCCAAUGACGCGCCUUCAACUGCGUGUACCUCGUCCGUCCCGAUUGUCACUCCUGCCCCUGAGCUGAAGUUCCUGGCCGCUCGCGAUGAGUCUUCGUCUGGCACCGACGAUGCCGCCACCAGAUAUGGCAUCGUUUACGACUCUUCUCCGGCAAGCUCCAAUGUGUACUACAGCUCAUAUUCCUCCACUGCCACUGGCUCCGCCGCUGCCUCGGCCACGUCAUCAGCCCUUUCCGUCAGCAAAAAGCGACUGCAGUUCGCACGUAUCGGGGUCCUUUUCGUAUUCCAGGAAAGCAAUGAUUUGUCGAAAGCUGUCACGGCGCAGGAAAACCUCCAGACCUAUUUCGAAGAAUAUGAAGAGGGUGACAAGGAUGCAACGGCAGCCACUGCAGUCAGCUUGGGCAACGACUUUGCAAUCGAUCUCAGCCAGUGGCAUAUCACACUACCAAAUGGUACGCAUGUGGGGCAUCUCGUUGAGUGA